AUGUCCUCUGAAGGUGUCGGCGGAUUGACGUUGAUCAUUCCACCACCGAGUAAUCGCAACGAUAUGGAAAAGCAACCUAUCGACAUGGAAAAGAGCAUCCAAGAUGCACAGAAGCCUUCGGGACCACCAGUCGGUCCUCCUGGCCCUCCAGGUGGCUGGCUAUGUGCACGGAUGACGAGAUACCAAGAGGUCCUUUUCAACAUCAUGGUCGCAGUCCUUCAACUUAUCCCUCAAUCAACCUUGACGACAGUCUUCCCCGUCAGCAGAGACAUUGCGGGGUCCUUCUCAAUAUCAAAUCCUUCAGUACUGCCAUGGCUUGUUGCCGCCUAUGCGUUAUCUUUUGGAACCUUCAUUCUAAUUGGAGGCCGACUCGGCGAUAUUUUCGGCCACAAAACAAUGGUGGUCAUCGGCUUCUCCUGGCUCAGUUUGUGGAGCGUGGUUGCUGGCUUGAGCCACUAUGUCGGAUACCAGCUCUUCUUUGUGGCCAGAGGGUUUCAAGGUCUCGGUGCAAGCCUCAUGGUACCCAAUGGUUUGGCGCUACUGGGUCGGACGUAUCCGCCAGGGUCGAAGCGGAAGAUCUUCUCGUUCACGCUUUUCGGCCUUUGCGCACCAGUCGGCGCCUACCUUGGGAUGCUCUUUGGUGCAUUGUUCACCAAAUACGCAACCUGGUGGUGGAGUUUCUACACCCUGGCCGUCGUUUGCUCCUUCCUCGCCAUUGCCGCAACGAUCAUCCUAAUCUCGCCACCUCCCACGCCAAAGCAGAUGCUACCGGUCAAAGACAAGCUUCGGGAUAUGGAUUGGCUGGGCGCUAUCACGGGCGUUGGCGGGCUCAUAUGCGUCCAAGUCUCUCUGGUCUCUGCUCCUGCAUCGGGUUGGAGUACGCAGUAUAUCUUCAUGCUGCUCAUUAUCGGGCUGCUGCUUAUCGCAUUCUUUGUCAUUACGGAGAUCAAAAUCGCCGAACAGCCAUUGGUGCCCUUUAAGAUGCUCAAGGCGGAUGUUGGCUUCGUCCUCGGUGCUGUAGCCUGUGGCUGGGCCACUUUCGGCAUCUGGACGUGGUUCUUGUGGAAGUUCCUGCUUGGCAUCAAACAAGAUACUCCCCUCGAAGCUGCCGUGCAGGUCUUACCCAUUGUUCCCGUUGCCCUCAUCGCCUCGGUCUUGACGGCUUGGAUGAUGCGAAAAUGUCGACCAUCCUGGACCCUUUUCUGGGCGUUGGUCGCUUUCGCGUUCGGCCCACUGCUGCUCGCCGUUGAUUCAAACGUCGACAAGACGGUAUACUGGAGCUGGACUUUUGCCAGUCUGGUUGUGAUGCCGUUCGGUAUGGACAUGUCGUUCCCAGCCGCCACGUUGAUCAUGUCGAACUAUUUCCCGCCACAACAGCAGGGCAUUGCUGGCAGUCUGAUCAGCACGGUGGUGAACUACUCGAUCUCUCUUGGUCUCGGCCUUGCCUCCACGGUAGAAGUCCAUGUGAACAAUAAUGGCCUUGAUCCGCUGGCCGGUAUCCGCGGUGCUUGGUUCAUGGGAGUUGGCCUUGGCGGCCUCGGUGUCCUCAUCUGCAUCGCCUUCAUCAUCAGAUCUAUCUUCCACCCAACACCCACAAUGUCCAACGGACCAUCAGGGCCUCCAGCCUCAGGAACAACCUUGCAAGGGACACCACCGGACCCGAAGAUAUCGCGACCUACAACCAUGUGGAGCCUCGCCACAACAAUGACCCCUGAGACCCCUGGAGUACAAACACCGAAACCAAAAGACCUUGAACCGUUCAAGUCGGUGAACGUUGAAAUUGCAUCCAUCCCCACCGCACCAUCGACGCCAACACCUGCACCCACGUCGCUGGCUACACAAGCAUUCCAUGCUUUGCCCAUCGCCUCCACCACAACACAAACAUCACCAAAGGCCACGCGCACCGAGGGACGACCUCAAAAAUCGACCGAGACACAUCCUACCAGACGGCCGCGCAAAGACAGUCUGGAGUGCUUGCGAUCUCAGUCUCACGACCGGACAGACUCACAAGUCCACCUACAAGCCCCAAUGUCUCCGCCUCCACCGAUCCCGCUUCCAACCGAACUGGACGCCGUGUACCGUAGCCGCGGCAGUUUUGAAAGCGAAGACGGGGAAGAAGACCGUUGGGAAUCUCCUCGAGAGUUGCCCGCCAGAGGCAGUAGCCACCUCACGGAAGACCAAGCCCACGAGCACUGGUAUGGCUAUGGCUCUGCACCACGUGAGGCGGAUGGGUGCGGCCACGACACGAAGCCAGUGACGCCCCGAGAAAUGGUGGGAGAUAAGUGUUAA